AUGCACCCCCCUGAUGUUCUCUCGCAGAGUAUUACACACUUUCUCACAGCCUCCCUCAACAUCUUGCCUGAUACAGUUGAUAUACUAUGGUCUAUUACAGAAGAUAUUGUAUGGACAAUGCCAAGCAGUGCCAAGGCAAAUGCAAGUGAUGAAGCUGCAUUCAGGACACAUGGUCAUAAACUAGGACUGACAAAAUGUACAUUAUACCCCCCUACUAAGGUUUGUAUCAACCCUGACUGCACUGCAUGGCAGUGUGGAUUGCUGCUGAAGAAAGAAGAAUACCAGCGUGUUGUUCUUUUUACUCAUGGUGAGGGUGCACAUCCUGGAUGGAUGGUUCAUCUGAGGUGCCAAGCCUGCAACACCAAUUACCAGUCUAACUACAGUGUCAAGGGCCAGCUGCGAACAUACUAUGCAGGCCUACCCCAAUUUAUCCAGGUCUCUGAUCAUCAGUUUGUUGAGCUCGAGCUUGCCAUGCAAUGGACGGAUCUGAUGCAGAUUGCAUAUGUUACUCUCUUCACUUCUAAUAUCAUUGUUUAUACUCUCUACAGUGUUUUGGCUACAAAUUGUGCACACAUGUAUGGGAUCGCCCAGGCUCGUGGCAGUUGCACCAACAACAAUAGUGACUGGCAGUUUGAGAGUUCUCUAACAACCGAACAAGUCUGGGAUUCUUUCACUCUGCUUGCCCUGCUUGACUAUUGA